CCCUCGAAGGUGGGUCCCACAGUUUUGAUGUCUACAAAAAUGGGUCCACAUCUAUGAAAAAAAUGAAAAAAUCUACCUGCUAUAUCUAAAGAAACCCCUGUUUGGGUCUUUGGCUGCGUGUGUGUAGAAGCAAUGGCGGAGUACGGCGGAGGCAUUUCACUGUCCCAACAACCACCGAGCUCCGACGAGUCCUCCGACGAGCACAGCCCCCUGAGGACGGCGGAGAGAUCGAAAAAGGUGGCGGCGGCGGAGACGGGGACGGGGACGGGGAAGAAGCCGCGGGGGAGGCCGCCGGGGUCGAAGAACAAGCCAAAGCCGCCGAUAGUGAUAACGAAGGAGGAGGGGGGAAUGAAGCCGGUGGUCAUCGAGAUCUCCGCCGGAAACGACGUCGUCGAGACCCUCCUUCACUUCGCACGCAAACGACACGUCGGCCUCAGCGUCCUCAGCGGCUCGGGCUCCGUCUCCAACGUCACCCUGCGUCACCCCAUGUCGCACUCCCUCUCCCUUCACGGACCCUUCAGCCUCGUCUCUCUCUCCGGCUCUUUCCUCCACAAUACGACGUCGUCCCCAUCCCCCUCCCCAUCUCCCUCCUUCGGUAUCUGCCUCGCCGGAGCCCAAGGUCAGGUGUUUGGAGGCAUCAUUGGAGGGAAGGUGACAGCGGCGAGUCUCGUCGUGGUUGUUGCAGCGACGUUUAUAAACCCAGUGUUCCACAGGCUGCCGAGCGACACGGCGGACGAGAUGGUCGAGACAGGAAAGCCAGGCACCGACGAGUCGGCCACCGCUGCGACGCCGAUGUCGGUGUGCGUCUACAAUGCAGCAUCUCCGGAUCAGGCAAUGCCAUGGGGGCCAAACUCUCGAUCUUCUUACUGAACAAAAACAUACACCCCAUAUUGUCUUUUCAACAUUAUUGGUUUGGUUUUGGUGAUACUGAUUAUUAUCAAGUAAAAAUGAGAGAAAUUAUGAUGAUGGUCUUUUUAGGGAGGGCUUAAUUGGGAAUUUUUGUUCAUUUUAAUUGGUAUGUCAAUUAAUGAGUUGGUUUAAUUUGGUGUUUCUUUGAUUGUUUUUAAUUACUUGUUUCUGAAUGGUAGGAAAAAAAAAUGGAGAUUUUGUUGUAGGGGUUUAGAGUUCAA